GGUGGGGUCGCAGGGGCUGCUGGGAGAAGGGCAGCCGGAGCUGGCGGCACCCGCCCCGCCCCUCCCCGCCCACGGAAGGGCAGAGCAGCUCGGGUGCAGGACGGACGGACUGGGAACACACUCCCUACCAUAAAAGGUAGAAACAGGUGCUCCGCAAAUAACCCGCUGCGGGACACGACGCCGGCGCUGUGCUGGGGACAGGCUGCAGUGUCCCGUGGGGAGCAGGGACAGGACUCUGCUGAUCUCUUACAUCAAACAAUUAAACACCCUGACGUGCCACCCUGUCAUCAUGUUCUCUGGAAUCUCCCAAUAUGGCGAUAACAGCUGUGGUGGAAGAACUGAAUCCAGGCCUGGCUUGAAACAGGUUUUGCCAGCAGUUCUGAUACCUUGGGUGCAAGAUACUGCUUGUUCUAAGCAAGGAGCUUUCACAUCCCAGUUUCCCUGGGGCCCGGGGGAGAAGAAUGGAUGCUGCUGUAACGAUGGGAACAAGGAGAAGCCCCUGAGUCCCCAGGACGCAGGAGUGUCCCCCCACCCAGAGGUGCCUGGCGAUACCCACAAUAUGAUGUACAGAGGAGUUCUGGGUAAGGGAGGAGCGGCUGCCUCCUUCCCUGCCCCGCGGAGCUGUGUCCCCUGGUCCCUGCGGAGCCCAAUCCUCUGCCCUUCUGCCCUUCCCUCUCCAGCAGGAAGACAUGGAGGGGAUCCAGCUGUGCCUGCGGCUCUGGUGCUGGCCUGUCCUGAUGACUGGGUUGGGUACCGCAAUGUCUGCUACUACCUGUUGAGGGACGAGGGCAGCUGGGAGUGGAGCCAGGAGCAGUGCUCCUCGCAUGGGGCCUCGCUGGCCAUGCCCCGGAGGGAGGGGGAGAUGGAGUUCCUCUGGCUGUUGAAGGGCAACAUGGAUUACUGGCUUGGGCUGCGGAGACGGGGCGAGCGCCUGCAGUGGGUGGAUGGCAGCAGCUUCAACCAGACGUUUGAGGUGCAGGGCCAAGGAGAGUGUGCGUAUUUGUACGACGGGGCUGUCGCGAGUGCAGGCUGCUCCCAGUCACGGCCGUACAUCUGCAGCAAGCCCCAAGCGCUGAUGUGACAGGGGUGCUCUCCUGGACCUCAUGCUGACAAGGAAAGAAGGACUGGUUGGAGAUGUCAGUUGUGGGUAGCCCUGGCUGCAGUGACCAUGAGAUGGUGGAGUUCAGGGUCCUGUGUGGAAGAACCAGAGUGAAAAGUAGGAUUACAAGCCCGAACUUGUUGUUUCUAAGCUCAUAACUCUCUUUAUCUCUGCUCUUUCUCUCCUUGGAGUGAGAGGUGGGGGAGAGCAUCUGCUGUCUUGUCAUUGGCCAACCUGGCCCAAGCUGGGCCUAAUGAGAGGUGGGAUGUGAUGGAUUCUACUACUAAUUACACUUUCGAGUUCA